CAGGUGGUGGAGUUGAUACCUCGAGUAAUAAAUUCAUUUGGUGGAUGAGUGCACGUGACUUAAUUCUCAGGGGUUUUCCUCAUUCGAAUCAGGUCGAUCAGCUCAUCAGCUCACUCCGAGGCAGCGGGUAUCUCGAGAACAGACAACAUCUACGCAGCUAUGAUUCGCAGUCUGUCGACAAAGUCCUGCAGCAGGAGAGUGGCUGCAGCAUUGAGCAGCAGCUGCAGCGGCAAACGAUUCAAUUCGGCCUCUACUACUCCUACUCCCGCACCGAUACCAGCAGCAGGCGACCGCAAACUCCCGCCUCUGUCCCCACGCACGCGGGACUUUCUCGCGCGUCUGAUCCGCGUCGACCAAGCGGGCGAGUUGGGCGCAGACCUGAUCUACUCAGGCCAACACGCGGUCUUCAAGCGCACCCGACCGGAUCUGGAGCCGCUGAUUGCGCACAUGUGGGAUCAAGAAGUUUACCACCACAAGACCUUUGACGCGCUGCAGACCACGCACCGCGUGCGCCCGUCUGUGUUUUCGCCGCUGUGGACGGUGGCGGCGUAUGGUCUCGGCGUCGGGACCGCGGUGAUGGGCAAAGAAGCCGCGAUGGCGUGCACGCUCGCGGUCGAGACUGUGAUUGGAGGGCAUUAUAACGAUCAGCUGCGGGAGCUUGUGGCGCUGAUCGAGAGCGAGGCGGCGGUGGCGGAGGAUGGAAGGGCGAGCGAGGAGCUGAGGGAGUUGGCGAAGAUGGUUAGUCGGUUUAGGGAUGAUGAACUUGAGCAUUUGGAGACGGCGGUCGAGCAUGAUGCUGAGAAGGCGAGGCCGUAUAUAUUGCUGACGGAGACUAUCAAAGCUGGAUGUCGGGCAGCUGUCUGGACCGCUGAGAGAUUCUAAGAGAUCAUAAAGAAUAUAUUUUUGUACAUAAACACAGACUUUUACUA